UGUGGAUCCAGUUUUAACAGUCUCAACUACAAAGUCAUGUCUGCUGUAAAAUUCGACAGUGAGAAUAAGAUUUGGAGUAGAAGUGAUCCUAUAAGUCCAAUUUUUCAUGAAAACUGUUCUAUUGGACGUGCAAUUCUGCACCUUCUGAGUUUGAGUCCUGAUAAAAUUUGUCAAGUUAGUGCGGAUGAUGGCAGUAAAAGAACGAACGGAGAGAUUUAUCACGCAACGCUGAAAAUUGCUUUCAAUCUUCGAAAGAUUGGCUGUUCCAAAGGCGACAUUGUAGGAUUCGUCUGCAGGAAUAGUCAUGAUCUUACUUCAGCUUUCCUUGCUGCACUCUUUCUUGGAACUCCAACGAAUGUUUUAGAUGUCUCUUUCUCUGACGAUGAAAUUAUUCACAUCUUUCGGAUGACAAGACCCAAGUUCGUUUUUUGUGAUGAUGAUGUGGCUGAAAGAGUAGAGAGACUACUUCGACAGAAAUUGGAUAUUGUGGCCAAGAUCAUUAUUCUAGGUAGACGGUUGCCAUCGUUUAGUCACAUCGAUGACCUUCUAAAUGGUGACGUCAGUCAAACCGAACUCAUGAAACUUAUAAUACAUCCUCCAGAAAUAGAUAACACAUCUAUCGCCAUGAUUACCUGUUCAUCGGGCACAACUGGUUUACCAAAAGCUGUACCGUUAACUCAUGAGAACCUUCAACACCGAUUCUUUCAGACCUAUAUAGGACAGUUCCUGAAACCAGAUGAUUCAGUAGUUUGCAUUUAUUCCAUUUACUGGGUCAUAGGGUACGCUACUUUCUUUAUCAGCCUUAGUUUAGGCAUGAAACGUAUAAUUACGACUCGUCCCUGUAGUCCUGAGACAUUGGUUACAAUUGCAAAUGAGUACAAAAUAACCUGUUUGAUUUUAUCAACAGGAAGCACUACAGAACUAGUAAAUUCGAACUUGCUCAAUGAACGCUCUCUGACGAGUGUUAACAAGUGCAUAAUAUCUGGUAGCGCACUUUAUGAGAAAACAUUCAAAAAAAUUAGAAAGAUUACCUGUAAUGGUGUCCUAUGCAAUUCAUAUGGGACAACAGAAACUGGAGAAAUUGCUAACAAUAUGAAACUUGAGGAGUCAAAUUUUCGUACAGUUGGAGAAUUGGUACCUGGUGUAAGGACAAAAAUUCUGAAUGAAGAUGGGAAGAAAAUGGGUGUCGGACAAAUUGGGGAGCUUUGUACUAAAUCUCCAGGACAAUUUAAGGAAUUUUGCGACAAUUCCGAAGCGACUAAGGAAAUCAUAGAUGAAGAUGGAUGGGUUCAUACCGGAGACAUUGGUCAUUUUGACGAGAAGGGCUUUCUCUACAUUUCAGGACGAAAGAAAAAUUGGUUUAAAGAUAUUUAUCAUCGCAUUAUCCCGGAAGAAAUUGAACAGAUUCUAGAAAAUCAUCCGGCGGUCUUCAAAGCUGUUGUUGUGGGAAUUCCGGAACCUCUUGGCGUUGAAUUUCCAGCUGCUCUUGUCGUCUUGAAGACUGGCUUCUCAGUGACUGAAGAGGAACUCAUAAAGUUUGUUGAACCAAAUGUUAGUGACUACAAGAAAUUACGAGGGGGAGUUUAUUUUGUAAAGGACCUACCAAUGACCCACUCUGGGAAGAUUAGAAGAAAUAUUGUACGGGAAAUGGCCAUGGAAUUUCAUAAACGUUUUAGCAAAGACUAGGUACAGUCUCUUUUGCAAACUGUCUGAAAAUGACUGUCUGAACUGUCUGAAAAUGACGCAAGAAAAUGUCUAUUUAUUCGCACUAAAUUCUCUCUCUCAUAUAAUUUUAUCGAGGACGACAUACCUGGUCAAAUGUCGCGGUAAUACUACUUUCUUCGGCUCCUUCUCGUCGUCUUUCCCCUCCUACUAUGGCAUCGUGCGCCCUCUUCCGCAAAUUUUUCUAAUCUUCCCACAUAUAUAUUAGGUGAGAUUCUUAACAAUCUCACCUACUAUAAUCCUAACAAAAUUUCAUGUCGUCCGAUCGACCUCAAAUUUGGCCAAAAUGUGUUUCAGCACUUCCUGAUUCCGAAUAUAUAUGUGGCUAAGUUACGUUCCCGGCCGGCCGUACGGCCGCUCUUUGGAGCUUAAUAGCUCCUAAACUAAAAAAGAUAUCGACUUGCGGUUUUCGGCAAAGGUUAUAUAUCGGGUGAAAAUUGCAACUUGGUGCAUUGACCCCCCACCCCCCACCCCUCCUUCCGCCAUUUUGAAGAUCCCCCUUUUUUUGUUUUCUCAAUAGCUCCGCCCCUAUGGCAUUCAGUGGACUCAAAUUUUAGUAUGUUAUAGCUGGGCCUUAGAGCUUUCCAUCAAUACCAAACUUAAGGUCCCCCGACCCCCCUGACCCUAGCUAUAAGGGUCCAAAAAAAAUUUCUUAAAAUGGCCAUAACUCCGGUUCCAAUUGUCAGAAUUUAAAAAGUGAGGGCUUUUUAGAAAGCUCUCGUGAAAUGCCACUUCCCCUUCUAACAUCGCAAGUUCAUAAAACCACCGCUAGGGGCGCUUUUUUUAAAAAGAAAAUUUUUAAAUCUUAAAAGUUAAAUAACUCAAAAAUUCCAUUGUGCAUCGGGCUGAAAAUUUAGUAUGUUGUAGCCGUUGAUUAUACCUAUCAAACAAAAAAAAAAACCUUAAGUCGAUCCAUAACCCCUGACCCGAGCUAUAAGGGGUCAAAGUUCGAAUAUUGACCGGCCUCUAUCUCCGGUUCUAAUUAACGUAGCGACCUAAAUUUUACCUUUUUGGUUUCGUCUCGAUGAGCACUUUCAGAUGGAAGUUCAAAAAGUCACCACAGGUGGCGCUGUAAUAGCGUCAAAAUUCAUCGAAAUUCAAAGUCACUUUCCUCAAAAACGGCAUUGUGCAAGUUAAUGAAAUUUUAGUAUGUUGUAGUCCAGUCUAGGACGUUUCCAAAAUGGUGCGUAAGCGCGCUGUGGUUAAAACAGAACCGGAGAUAUGAGGGGUCAAAGUUCACAAAAUUCAAAAAAUCAUAUCUCCGGUUCUAUGUGACCGAUUUUGAUAAGUGAGGGCUUAAACGAAAGAUCUCACCAAAUGCUACAACUUUCUAGAAUAUUUGAACUUCGUGGGACCAACACCAGGGGCGCCACAGUCGAAAAACCAAUUUCAAUAUCACAUAACCUCAAUUAUCUCGACUGUCGCUGAACCGAUUUUGAUGAUUACUUCGACACAAUUGUAGAACGCAUUUGUCUCUACAUUUCGUCUAUACAUCAUUUUCCGCUCAGACUACGCUAUCACUCCGAUUUUGCCGUUUAAGUGUGAAAAAAAUGAUUUUUCCCAUAAUAACGCUUUGAAAUCACUCAGAUGCCAAUUUGACUGCCUCUACUCCACCAAGACACUUAAAAUAGGGUUUUAAAUGGAAAGUCCCACAAAAUACAACAAUUCUUUGAAAUAGUUGAAGUUCAACAAAUGACUACUUGGGGCACUCUGGACGAAAAAACGAGUUAAGAAACAAAAAACCUCGCUUAUCUUGACUUCUGAGUAAUCGAUGAGAUCAUGUUCUAUGGGAAAAUUAUAGAGAACAUUCUUGUCUACAUUUCACCCAUAUAUUACUUUUGUGCCAGUUCAUCCAAAUCCUUGAUAUUUUGGUUUAAAUACAAAAUUUGCAUAAUUUCACGAAUUUGAUUCAAGAUAACUGAAUGGCGUAUCCCAACUUCAGCUCUAAAUCGAAUUUGCAUGCACUCCGAGCUAGCUCACGUUAAGAAUCUCACCUACAUAGGCCGGUUAGGAUUAUCUGUCCUUUUCUUUUAACACUCCAAAACAUAAAGUAAUGUGAAAUCCUAAAACUUGUAAUAGUUUUUUUUGUAAAUUUAUUUUAUUACUAUUAAUAAUGACAAUGCUUUUGAGCAGGUGCUUUUGAAGGCAAAAAAAUGUAAUAAAGCGUGUGCACGUUAAAAUUGUACCCAAGAAUAAUGCUUUAAAAAUGAAGUCUACAUAAUAUAAAAAAAAACAAAAA